AUGGCUAGCCAGCAAAACCUCUUUUCUCUGAAGGCGAACAUCUCUUCACCUUCGGCUACCAUUGAAACAAUGUUCGAUGGCUUCAGGAGAGAGCUUUUCUUAGCUCAAGACAAGCACUCAGGAAAUUACAUUGGCUCUCAGACCAAGAUCCAGUCCUUCAGCCGUCUGACCAAGAUGGGGCCAAAACAGUGGAAGAAGAUCAACAAGAAAUCUCCUUCAGCUGACGAGGGUUGCAGGGUGGUCAAACUGUUGGCUGGAGCAAGAGAGGUCGUUGCUUCAAUGCUUCAGUCACCCAGGCGGCUCCUACUGAAGUAA